AGUCAGGCAUACAGCAGGAAUACAGCAACACAUAAAAGGAGCCAGAGACUCGGGAAAUCCGUCAGCUAAGGGGAGACAAGCUGCACUGAGGUUUAUCUCCAUGGAGAAAUCCACUGACAAGCCAAACAAGGAAAACAGAUCGUCAGCUCCUGGAGUACUGCAGGCUGAGGCAGACGGUCCCGCACCCGCGGCGGGAGGUGCUGCAGAAAUGAGCAGAGCAGGAUCCGUAACACAAAACUCAAAACACAAGAAGAGAGUGGGAUUCACUGAAGAGUGUACUGAAGAAAUGGAGAGACCUUCAGGAACAGAGAGAGACAGUCCUGCUGCCUCUGAACCAGCAGUUUUGGAACGAGACUCUCCAAACUCACAGCCGCUUGCUGUGCCAACGAACACAAACUCUCCUGAAAUGAGCACGUUGGAAAUGAACCACCAGUGCUCAGACACAGCCCCUCUGGAUAUGGACUGCAUGAUCUGCUUCAACAAGUACAGCAUCUACAGAGUCCCAAAGCUCCUGGACUGCCAGCACACCUUCUGCGCCGUCUGCCUCAAGCUGAUCCUCAGAAAAGAGGAGAACGUGUGGAUAAUCACCUGCCCUCUUUGCAGAAAACCCACCUUCGUGUCAGGAGGGCUCAUCCGCACGCUCCAGAACAAAGAAGACAUCCUGGAGCGCUUGGAGAACCUUGACUCCAACCCUGAGGUGUACAUCUGUGCCGUGGGGCUGGAUGGCAAUAGCUGGACUCAGAGCAGCCAAGACAUUUUAACCAGAGAGGAGAACAGCCCAACACACACCAGCCUGGCUGUGCAGAGACUCGUGCUGCUCCUGCUGCUGGGGGUGAUCCUCGCCAUGCUCAUCCUCCCAUUUAUGUACUCGGGGAGGGUGAAAUGGGUAAUUUGUCUCCUGCUUACUUUGGGGUUGCUCAUGUCUCUGAUGCUUUGUUGCGCUCCUAAAUUCCACUGCAGGUGCAAGAAAGACUCCCCCAGCCCCUGCGACAAGGAGAUCCACAUUGUUACGGUUGCCUGAAAGAACUGAUCUGCGAGUCCCAGAGAUCAGGGACUGGGCCAAAAUGCAGGCUGGGCACACCAGUGAGUUAUGGACUUAAAGCAAUCUCUCAGAGAAUAAAUUCAACAGUUGGCUGAGCUGGCUCAAGGCCAAGGCACAUUGUUGUUAAAUCUCAUUACUGCCAACAAAAUGAACUACUUAUAUGUUGAUAUUUAUGUGUUUUCCACACAAUUGGUAACCCAGACUAGUAAUUGUGUUGGUUUGCUUUUGCCGUUUUGUUCAUGUCUGUGUCCCCUCCUGAUCAGCCCUGCAGGAUGUUAUCUGGAACACCCUGGAGGUGAUGUCCUGCAAAACCCCACGGCUGCUGUUCCCACUCUCUGAACACACAAACACCGUUCCUUGGGACAGUGUGGGAAAAAGGCUGCUAAAUCAGGCAGUGGGGGUUUAGAAGAGAGUAGUUUUAGCCCAGAUCAUCACCUUAAUCCCUGGCAGGGAUGGGAAAGGGACUGGGGAAAGGGAUGUCAGUUGAAUGCCAUUUAAAGUUACACACAAAAUUGGAGAGGAAGAGGCAAAACCAACACUCCCAAUCUUGAGUCUGUGA